GUCCCCCGGUCCGCAUUCAUCAUGGCAGCUUCAUCAGCGUUCUUCCAAAGUGGUGCGUAUGCCGUCGUCGGCGCAUCUUCGACACGCACAAAAUUUGGGAACAAAGUUCUGCGAUGGUAUCAAGACGCCGGCUUGAAGGUGACGCCCAUCAACCCCAAAGAGAGCGAGAUAGAAGGCCUGCAAGUCACAAAGACGCUCAAGGAGCUGACUAAUCCCACGACGACGUCCAUCUCUGUGAUCACGCCCCCGGCAGUAACGCUGCAAGUGCUCAAGGACGCUGUGGAGCUGGACAUCCAGCACAUAUGGCUUCAACCGGGUGCAGAAGACGCGGCGGUCAAGGAGGCGAUAGCCAAUGAUUCGACACUGAGCUCGAGGACAAUCCAUUCUGGGCCAUGCAUACUCGUUCUCGGUCAUCAGCUGUUAUCACAGGCGAAGAAGAGUAACUUAUGA